GUCUAUUCCAAUUUUCAUCCACUGAAACUACUAGACUUCAACAUGGCAGCAACUGCAGCGUCCACUCCAGUUCCUUCGGCCCCUUCAUUACCGGUCAUUAAACAUUCUCCGUCCAAAAAGAAGGUCUUUAUUUCCCGUAAAGACACUGUUGUCAAGAAGUCCCGUCCCGCACAUCCUUCGACGGCUGUAAUGGUGACGACCGCAAUCAAAGAGCUGAAUGAACGCAAGGGUUCAUCGUUAGCAGCAAUUAAAAAAUAUAUAGCUGCUAACUACAAAGUAGAACCCGUCAAAGUAGCAACGUUCAUCAGAAAGUUCUUGGCCGCAUCCGUGACAAACGGUGCCGUUCUUCAAAUCAAGGGCCGCUACAAAUUGGAUGUUCCCGAAACUAAACCUAAAAAAAAGGCCGUUGCUAAGAAGUCAAUCGUCGUGAAAAAAGUGAAACUUCUUGUCACUAGUACGCCCAAAAAGAAGCCGGCGGCCAAAAAAUCCAAAAUUACGUCCGGCGAACCAGCUACCAAAAAAGCGAAAAAGACUCCUCCCGCAAAGGCUUCUAAAGCAGAACCUCCUGUCAUUAAGUCCAAGAAAAAGUCACCAUUGGUAAAUAAGCCCAGUGCUGCAACUGUUGCUGUUUCAAAAACACCGAAAAAAGCUGCUACCAAAAAGCCCGCUCUUAAGAAAAAAUAAAUUUUUGCAUACAACACCACUAUCCCCUUUGCUAUCGUAUGACCUUAAAACGGUCCUUCUCAGG